GGCGGGCCAAGAUCAUGCAGGUCCACGCGCGCAAUAAGUCGGUGGACCCCUCCAUCAACUGGUACGAGGUGGCUCGGGCCAUGGCGGGAUUCACGGGCGCGGAUGUGAUGGGGCUCAUGGCCCGGGCGGCGCGUAUGGCUGGGAGGCAGGGUCGCGAGGCCAUCACGGAGGACGACAUCUACGCCGCCAUGGAGAACAAGAGCAUGGAGGCGGUGGUGGAGGCCACCAGCAGCGGCGGGGGCGGCGGGCUGGUGGCGGGGGAGGGCAGCGAGGGCUCGCCCGACCCCAUUCCCCCGCAGCUGCGCCGCGCCAUUGCGGUGUACGAGGCGGGAAAGGCGCUGGCGGCGUACAUCACACCCGAGUAUGAGGAGAUUGCGAGGGUGUCCGUGUGUCCGCUCAACGUGCUGAGCGGCUACACGCUGUUCGUGGAGGACGAGGACCGCUGCGUGAACGCCAUCCUGACGCGCUCCGAGCUGGAGGCGCGCAUGGUGGUACACCUGGCAGGGCGCUGCGCGGAGAAGCUGGUGUGCGGGGAGGGGGCCAUGACGGGCCAGGGCUCCCCCGACCUCUUCCAUGCCAACCUGAUCGCUCGCGAGAUGGUCAUGUCGUUCGGCAUGGGUCGCCGCACCGGCCCGCUCGACCUGCUGCGGGUGGUGGGCACCAGCGAGGGCAACGCGGCCAGCCAUGAGCUGCGGGCGGGUGGGGCGGAGGUGGACGAGGACCCGUUCUACUACCAGUCCACUGACAUGAGCACGGAACAGGCCCGUGUGGCGCUGUCGGAGGUGGUGGAGCUGCUGGACGCGGCGGAGGCCAAGGCCAUGUACGGGCUGGCGGUCAACUGGGGGCCGCUGGAGGCGCUCACACAGGCGCUGCUGGACAGGGGGACACUCACGGGCAAGGAGGUGUCGUACAUCCUGGAGUCCAAUGGCGUCAUCCACUUCCCCGACCCCAACCUGACAGGCUUCGGUUGGGACCCGGAUGGCAGCCUCAAGUACCCCUUCAAGCCCGACUCCUCCUCCUCCUCCCCACAGCAGCAACCCUCAGCCGACAAGCCCCAGAAGUCCCCACCCGUCCUCGCCGGCGCCCAUGCCAAGACCUGGUUCGCGGGCACGGACAAGGACGCGCCGCGCAACCCGGACGGCAGCUUCGUGUACGGCUGGCACUGGAACAUGCCGUACAGCCUGUCCAAGGACCUGCCGGACUGGUACAAGAAGGAGGUGGAGCGGUACUCGUACUAG